GUCAGAUUUUGUUGCAAAAUUUUGUGAAUUGCGAGUAGUUUUAUUUGAUUUUAACUACAAAUAGUGAGAUUCUCUAACGAAGAUCUCUACGUUUGUUAUAAAGCAAGUAAUAUCAUGAAUUCUUAAAGUAUAGGAAGUACGUUACCGCGUCUACUUUUCAGGGAAAAUGGAUGGCCAGAAUCAAUCUACUGUUCAGCGCGACAAUGUGGAAACGGUAACAGCCGUUGGUAAUUCUUGGAUAGUAUGCCGGUCCAAGUCCCAUGGUGGUCGAAUUUAUUACUUCAAUACCCUAACUGGUGAAGCAGCAUGGAACUUAAGUGAUCAAGAAAUUGAAAAGGCAAAAGCAACAACAAGUAUUGUAGGUUCAAAGUUUGAAAGCUGCCCUGAACCAAAGGAACCUCCUAUUGACAGUGUCAAAACUUCUAUAAGUCCACCAAAUACAAAAAUACAGUAUGUCCCUUCUAGAGUGUACAACAAACAGGUUAUAAAUAAUCAGUUUCCUAAGGAAGCAAUUGCGCCAAUGCAAGCCUACUAUGCUCCUGAUUCAGUGGCUGUACAUAACAAUGGCAAUCCAAACGCAUGGGGUCUUCCACCGGACUACCAAAUCCUCCAAGUUAUUGCACCUAAACCUCCAGCACUCCAUCCGUUACCAGAAAUAGACAAUGAUAUCGAUAACAGCUUAGAGCAGCCAGUAAUUGUUCAAAAUACGUCAUUGCCUCUAACACAACGCUACAAUCAAAUGCCACACACAAAUACCAUAAAUAGAAAUUUUGGUAUUGGAAAUGGACCCAACAAAUUUAUACCACAGAAUAAUAGAAAUGAAUGUUUUGGCCAAAGGAAUGGUAAUCCAUAUAAUAAAUUUAAUAGGUUUAGUGACCAAAGGGAUUUGCGUCAACGGUUGACUGCAAAGAGAUUAAAUAAUGCAUGGAACAAUGUCAAUGACAAUUACCAAGAUGAAGAAGUCAGUAACAGUCAGUCACCAAGGAUACAAAUAAUGAAGCCAAAGUUUGCCAAUGUAGCAUGUAGUGAUGCAGAUGACAUUUGGUUAAAGGAACAUUCAACUGUUAGAGGUACUCAAUUGGUUUUAAAUGUGGACCCUCUAAAGAAACUUGUAACUGGUAAUGUCAACUCCAGUUUGUAUGUUGUGGCCGACCCUGGUGUUUUGUUUAACCACAUCAAUUUGAUUAUUAGUGUUGUAAAUUCUGAUGAAAAGUGCCAGCUUAUGAUCCCUGUCUCUGUAAUGGGGACACUUCAAAACAGAAGUAGAGCUUUUGAUACACAUAUUUUUAGCAGAGCACAUCAAUGUUUACAAAUUCUCUCCCAACAAAUUAGUGCUGGUAAAGCUGUCUUAGGAAGAGACCUCACAAGUGACAGUAAUGCAUAUGAUUUUUGUUGCAAAUUAAAAGCAGAACAUAAUGUGGUUCUCAUAUCGAACAAUAUUCGAUGGAGAAGAAAUAAUGAUAACACCAUAACUAUACUCAGUGCUCAAGAACUAAAAGAUACGCUAUCUAAUGUGCAUCCACCAAAACGAAUAUUAGGCGACCAUAAUAUUGAAAUUACAAUACCUAAUCUUCAAGCAAAUGCCGCAAAAUAUUCAAAAGCGAUGUCUGUAGGGACUCAGUUUGAUGUGUAUGAAAAAGAGUGCAUUGGAACUCUAACAAGUAAUACGUUUACUGCCACUAGUAACUUACUUAGUAAACCAACAUCAAAGAAUGCUGUUGAUAUUGGAAUACAAACUGACCAGUUACCAGAACUUCAGAGCUCACCGAAACUGAGUUCCAUGGGAGUAAACACUGAAACAUGUAAUUCAAGUAAUGUCAGUGAAGAAAGCAAAGAUCGGCAAAAUAGAGAUGUUGUGGAUUCCAAUGAAAUACCUAAACGAAGAGAAAUACGACUGAAAAGGAACAUCUCUCAUCAGCCAGCAACGGGUAAUAAUGGAGAAAAGAAACAAUUCAAAUGGCGGAGAAAAAGAAUUGCAUCAGCUCCACACGAUAAUACAACAGAUGAGAAAUCGACGACAUUUAGCGAUCAUUCUUCCAAUACAGAAGGUCAAACUCAUACCAAACAGGCGGGCCCAGAACCUAGAUUUGAGAAUAUAUUCCCUCAUGAAACUAGAAAUUCUUACUUCGAACCCAUUGAUGGUAGUGAAACCAGUAGCUCAUGUUUCAUACAAAAAAGUGUUGAUGAAAAAAUCGUUAUCGAAGAGACUUCUACGUCUGGAGUAAUUUCCAAUACGGUCAGUAAUGUUGAUUCUGAAAGCAUGCACAAUGAAGAGAUUUAUAACAAACUAAACAAUGAACAAAAGGAUUUAUACAAAUGCGUGAUGUUCGAAGUCGAAAGCCCUACCAUGGAAGAGUAUUUAAAAAUGAGGAGUGAUGAGUGGGUUUCUAGAUUUGUUCAAAUAAUGGAAGAGGUUUUGAGUCAAAUAUUACAACAAAGACCUACAUUUUUUAAUCGCAUGUUACCACCUCCUUGGACAAUACAUGAAGCAACUGAAUGUAUCAAAAAGAAAUUUGAAAAUGAUCCUGAUGUAAAUGAUGCGGCAAAUAUGUUAACUAAAGUUCUGUUUAGAAUCAGCGAUGGCAGAGGUAAUAUUAGCGUGAAUUUGAAACCAUCAGAGUUCAUGGAAUUGUAUAGUUACGGUGUUUAUUUGGUCGACGCAUUGCAGUCUGUCAGCAACAUUGAAGACCUUCAAACAGCCGCAGAUUCCUUAGCCAAACUGUUAAGUGAUAUUACCGACCCAAACCUCGAUACCAGUCACACGGAAGCCUUUUUGGAUACUUCCCAUCAUCGUUCUGCAAAUAACACAGAUGUCAGCAUCGAUAAACCACACAAUGAUAACACAAGUGAAACACCGAAACCCGAUGAAAAUAAGCUACCUGUUUUUAAAAGCCCAAAAAGUUCUGAUAAUAAUGCUGAAAUAAAGAAAUACAAUCUCAGAUCCAAUCGAAAAAGAGCAAUGGAGGACGAAGAAAGGACUGAACAACCCGUCAAAUUCAUUAGAAAGAUUGAUAUUGAAUCUACAUUUUUCACAAGUUUGAAACUUCAGAAAAAUCAGGACAGCCCAAACGUCGCCAUAAAUUUUUUGACUCGUUCUGCUGCAUGUCAUAAUACUUUAUCGAAUACUGUGCACGAAAAACCUAUAAAUAGUUUAAACAAUGAUGAGACAAAUGAAGCUAAAACUGAAAUAGAUAAGCCAAUUAACGAGCCAAAAAUAAUUAGGAAUUUUAGCAAGUGUCUAGCCGAGUACGAAGAGAAGUUAAAAAAUAAACAAAAAGAAUCGUUACCUAUGGAUGCUAUGGAUGCACAUUUCUCUAACAGUGAUGAUGGUUAUGAGGAUUACUAUGACUAUGAUUAUGGAUACCGCGAUUUUGAUAAUGUUGAGGAUUUCGAAGACACUGAAUACUAUGGUGAAGGAGAUGAAUCUCAAUUAUGUGACGAAAAGAAUGUCGACAAAAAUGGAAAUUCUUAUUUUGAAUGUUUUAUCCAUAAAUUUUUCAAUGAAAUCCAGGAAACAUUUUUAGAUGUGCAUUCGUUUUGUGCAAAGUUUAAAGAAGAACUAAGUGUUUCCAAGACGUUAAGUUCUCCAAGAAAGUUUGAAGUACAAGACAAAGCUGAGAAGGCGCGGUUACAUAUACAAAUACUUCUUUGUUCCUUAAAAACCAUACUUUCUCGGGAGAAGAUUGUCGGUGGAAAAAAAAUUCUGAAUAUUUUCAAAGAGGUUGGAUUUCACCUUGAUGCCAAUAAGUCUAUUGAGUACAGGGAUAUCAUCGCACAGUAUUCGAGUCAAGCCAACACUCUCCUAGAAGCAGUCAAUGUAGUUAUUGAAGCCGUAAAGUAGCCAAAUAGUAUCUCUUUGUAAGUAUUUUGUUAUGCAGAGAUGAACUGAAAGUGCAAAAGGAAGUGAUAUCUCUUUUAUUAUAAUUUUUUAUUGACUCUCUUAACUGUAAAUACAUGACUGUUGAUUCUUUUUAAAGUUGUAAGUAUUCAGUAAAUGUUUUACAUUUU